AUGUCGUAUGACGUUCAUGACGGUUCACAGGGUCUAUUUGCGGCUGUCCUAUUGGUGCAGGAGACCAUGGAGAGUAAAAAAAGCGCGUUCAGAAAGGGCUGGCUGGGCGUAUUGAGGACCGUGGACGAGUGGUGGAGCUCCCCGGACCAUUGCAUCAUCCCUGGAGUCCCUGGGGUGUUUCCGUACAGCAUCUCCGUGAAUGACGUAUGCGGCGGCCUAGAGGGCAUCACCAGCCUGCCCCUAGCCGACGCCGCCGGCCGUCAGCUUGGUACGGCAGUACUGUUUCGGAGCAACGACGUGCCGUUGCUACACCUGACGGUGGUGCUCGAUGCUUUGGACGACGCUGUCGUACUAUACCGGCCCGGAGAAAUGCCAGGAGACACGGCCUCGUUGCUGCUGUCGCCGUCCCUCCACACGCACACGGGGAGUUUACGGGGCCAGUACUCCCUCCUCGUACGGCAGCCCGCGCCGGCCGCGGCGGUGUCGAUGGCGGCAGCGGCAGCCGGUACAGCAGACCCCGCUGCAGCCACGUCCUACAGCUGCUUCACGUGGUCGUUGGACCUGCGUUCAGUCUGCGACCCGCGUACGAGUCAUCAGGUCGGUCUGGAGGACCUCAUCGGAGGCGGCGGAGCUCACCCGUGUGCAUGUCGAGACGGCAUGGAGGGCUUCAGCUGCCCGCCCCUGGACCUGUCGCGUCUGGCAAUGUUGUACUUUUCGUUGCGGCUCAACGUGACGCUCACUCAGCCCCACGGGGCGGGAUGCGGUCUGGAGGAGGGCCGCUCCGUCACAAUCACCACACGCUUUCCGUCCACUGCUGUUGAUGGCCCCGCGGCGGCGGCGGCGGUGGUGGCGGCGGCGCCGGCGGCACCCAGCGGCGGUCCAAUUCGCAGCGGUUGCUGGGAGCCCUCGGCACCGCCGGCGCUGGAGGCAGUUGCAGUUACAACACUGGCGCGGCGGCAGCGGCGGCUGACGCAUGACGGGGUGCCAACGUACCCGCCGCCGCCGGCGGCGGCGGCGACGCCGGCAGUGACGGUGACGGAGGCCGUUAUUAUUGUACGGAGCCCGUUGACGGCGCUGGUGCAAGCUGUGCAGUGCUCCCAGGCUGUCUUACAAUUAUAUCCCCUUUACGUGACAACGGCAGAGAGCUUCUCCUGCUCGCUCCAGAACCGUCCGCAGGGGGCCGGCACCGAGCUGGCUUUCCGGCUGACCUUCCCCUCCAGCACCGGCCUGACGGGCUUCAACGGUAGCAUGGCCAACAGCAGGUCGUGGGAGGGGCUGCUGGGUGCCAUGGCGGUGGGUUGCGGCUCCCUGGGCACGUAUUCGGAUACCGCUGGGGAGAGCUACAGCGUGUGCGGGGAUGCCGCCCAGGCCGCGAAUUGCAGGCUGAAUGACGUCAUCCUGUUGCCAGGUGCCUCUGCCGUAGUUCCCUUCAGCUGCGACAUGGGUAAGGAUCGCAACAGCGUUUCAGUGACGGGGGUGCUGGCCUCCAGUGCGGACGUGGCGGCAUUCCUGGCCAACGCCAACAUCACUCCCAACGUGGAGACGCUGGCCAGCUUCUUCAACCUCUCCUGCGGAGACUCCCUCGUCGUGGACGCCAGCACGUGCGUUGGACCCACGGGUCGUAUCGUGUACACAGGCCAGGGCUUCCCGGCCAACGUCUGCCGCCGCCGGCCGCCGUCGCCGCCGUCGCCGCCGCCGCAACCCAGCCCUAACCCGCCGUCUCCCAGCCCGCCGCCACCCAGGACUUGGAUCUACCCGCCGUAUCCGCCGUACUCGCCGGAUCCGCCGGAUCCGCUGUACCCUAUUGAUUCGCCGCCACCGGUGUCGACGGCGCCGUUGGCGCCGUCAGCGUUAAGCCCGCCGCUACUGAAGGAACCGUCGUCGCCGUCAGCCUCGCCUCCCCCUUCCCAGCCGGUACAGCUGCUUCAAGCAACAGUGUCCAUGUCAGCAGCAACAACAACGACGACGAUGGCAACAUUUAAUGACAAAAGCAGCUCACACCCACCUACUUACCUAGCUGUAGGGUGCCAAAUGUGCAGCGCCUUCCAGAUGUUCGCGGCGGCAGCUGACGCUGAGAAGCGCGUGGGGACUGCGAUGGGCCUUAAAAAGGAGGGUCCUAAGAAGGACCUCCUGCUCCACCAGCUUCAUCAGGGCGUCCGUGAGGCCGCCGAUCUGCACCCAGGGGAUGAAUGCGAAGACACUGUUGUCAUGGCGGAGGAGGUGCACACCACCCACAUGGCGUCACACAGCAGAGACGUGUUCCGUGCCGUAGGAAAGCUGGACGCAAAUACAUAA